CUCUUUUUAGCUGUACAUUAGGAGAUGGACCAAGUCCUUAAACAUAAAACCACAGGUCCAUGAGAUAUCCUUAACCGAUCUAUCUUCUUCGGAGCACCAUGGCGAGGCCUGAAUUCCUCGUUGCAGCCUCUCGUGCUGGAAUGGCAGCCCACGUCCUCGCCUUGACUGCAGCCAUUCUUGUGCUUGUGUGGGUGCUCCACUUCGGAGGUGGUGCCCACCUGCAUUCAGAGAACAAAAAACUCAUCUUCAAUGUGCAUCCGCUUGUGAUGACUCUGGGUUUCAUUCUUGUUAUUGGAGAAGGUAUUAUGGCUUAUAAGACAGUCCGGGCGGUGAGGCCAGUGCAAAAAUGCGUGCAUUUGCUGCUUCAUCUAGUGGCUCUUACUCUUGGGAUCUUUGGGGUCUAUGUUGCCUUCAAAUAUCACAGGGAGAGCCUUAUACCUGACAUGUAUACCUUGCAUUCAUGGUUGGGCAUGUGUACUAUCUGCUUAUUCGGUUUGCAGUGGUUGUUUGGAUUUUUAUUUUUUUGGUACCCGCAAGCAUCAUUGCGCACGAGGGAGAUGGUAGUCCCAAUUCAUGUUUCUGCUGGUCUGGCUAUCUUCUUCAUGACCAUUUGCACGGCGGAGACAGGGUUUGUACAGAGGGGAACAGAGCCAGGCCCUGAGACCCGUUUGAUUAACUUCACUGGACUAAUAAUUCUCUUAUUUGGACUGGCCGUGAGCAUCUCCGUUGUCCUCCCUAGGGUGAUGUGAACAAAUUCAUGUACUUUUGGCUUUCUUACCUUGGUAGGAUUUCUUGCUUGUUUAUGUCUGAGAGGAAUGUUGUGCAUUGCUAUCAAGAUGGAUUAACUUCACUGGAUUUCCUACUACCCUAAUUUGAGUCAUUAAAUAUGUAUACAUGAUUGUUGUUUAACCAUGAGCUUUUCCAA